AUGAUAUUUCGAUUACCUAAAAAGAUUUUUAAGGAAAAAGUCUUCGACCAUCCCACCAAUACAUUACUUCCAGAGAUGAAGAUUGGGUUUAACCUAAGAACCAAGAAAGAAGUUUCAGUUACUUCUUGGAUAAGUGACCAGUUCCCAGUCUCAGGAGCAUUCAGACUAGGACUAGACCGAUCAGGAGCUAACCAGUUACUCGUCUGGCGCCACUGUGAAAUCUACUGGUCCAGAAGCUCUCAUUUGACUUUAGAGCUAUCCAGACGCUACAUUGAUUAUGAAUUCAAGUUCGAUAAGAAAGGUAACAGUUCGGUCUUGCCCAGCUGGUUCUUGGAUACUCUAGGCCAAAUCACUGUAACCAAUGUGGUCAGCAGCAGCAAUAGCAGUAACUGGAUUUCCGAAAUCAGUGAACCCUGCAAGACGGAUUCAAAGAACAGCUCAGCGAUCUGCAUCACGGAGAAGCCAACAGCCUGUAGGCAAGGGUCGUAGUAUUUCAAACCAAGAAGAGGAUACAUGAUGGAUAGUGGCUAUUUUGAUGGUGAUAGUUUGAACACUGGUCUUAGCGACUGCCAUGGAAGCUGCCGGAGAAACUGUUCUUGCAUUGCUUUUCAAACCUUUUCUAAUGGACUUGGUUGCCAAUAUUGGGGAAAAGGGUCAAAGUUUGUCCCUUAUGAUAGCUUCAACUUCAAAUUAAUAACUUAUGUCCUUGAUUUUGUACAGUGAUGAGUGGUUGGAAGAGUAACUAUG